AUGUUGUCUGGUCGCAUUGCUGCUCGCGCCACCCGCGUGGCCGCUCCUCGCGCUCCCAUUGCCGUCAGAUCCUACGCCGCCGCCGCCUCGGGCUCGUCUGCCGCUUCCAAGCCUCCGGUCGCUCUCUUUGGCCUUGACGGCACCUACGCCAGCGCCCUCUACACUGCCGCUGUCAAGACCGAGUCUCUGGAUUCCACCGCCAAGGGUCUCGAGAACCUCGCCGCCACUUUCAAGAAGGACGCCCAGCUCAAGACCAUCCUUGAGGCCCCCACCCUCAGCACCGCCGACAAGUCGCAGAUCAUUGCCGAGAUCCAGAAGUCCCUCGGUGUCCAGGACAAGAACAACACCAUCAAGAACUUCCUCGAGGCUUUGGCAGAGAACAACAGACUCAACCAGCUUGAGGGUGUUGCCGAGAAGUUCGGCACUCUCAUGAGCGCCGCCCGUGGUGAGGUUGAGAUGACCGUUGUCAGCGCUGCUGUCCUCCGCCAGCUCGAGAACUCCGUCUCCAAGUCCUCAUACGUCGGCCAGGGCAAGAAGCUCAAGGUCGUCUCCAAGGUGUGUAUUAUGUUAUCGCUAUCGACAUGUGCAAGUCUCCUGACGAUUAACACANNGGUCAACCCCGACAUCCGUGGUGGACUCGUUGUCGAGAUUGGCGACCGCACCAUCGACCUCAGUGUCUCAUCCAAGAUCGCCAAGAUGAACAAGCUCCUCAGAGACACCCUGUAA